CCAAACCCCUCUAUUCCUCUCCACCUCUCAAUUCCCGAAAUUUUCCCGAGAAACAAACAGAAAAGUGAACGACUGCUUCUCCUAAAACCCUAGCCCCCAGUCCAUGCUCAAACACUUCCAUCAAUGGAAGAACCCCCUCCAUUUCCCAGCAAGGUCCCGAAUUUUCGCCCCCCUCUCUUCCCUCUUCUUCACCAAAUCCUCGGUCUCCACAGCAAAGCUCUACGACGAGCCCACCACUCCCUCUGCUGUCCCAAACCCUACAGACACCGUCCGAGAAAUUCUCUCCGGGUUGAGGAGUUUCGGCUUGAGUAGGUUUCUCGGCGGGGAUUAUUUUCGUACCGUGGUUUUGACGCUGGAUUGGCCUCAGGUGGAUCAGAUUAUCGAUGUUUUGAGGGUCGAGAGCCCGGAGUUUGCGGUGGGUUUCUUCCAUUUGUUGAAGGAUUGGUAUCGGUUUCGGCACUCGAGGGUUUCGUGGUUUGUUGUUUCGCAUGUUUUGGCAGGGGAAAGACGGUUCAAGGAGUUGCAGUUGGUCAUAAAGCAAAUGGUGGAAGAGGAAGGCUCUGGUUCUGCACCUUCACUUUGUGAGCUGCUCUUGAAUAACUUCAGGGUCUGGGAUUCAAAUAUUUUGGUAUGGGAUAUAUUGGGUUUUACUUAUUCGAGAUAUGGAAUGGUUGAAGAUGCCCUCUUCGUUCUUGCCAAGAUGAAAGAUCUGAACUUGCAUGCAUCAAUACAAACAUAUAACGGUCUGUUGUACAAUUUGAGGCACACUGAAACCAUGUGGGAUGUUCAUAAUGAAAUCAAAGUUACCGGAACUCCUCAGAAUGAGUACACUCAUUCCAUACUUAUAGAUGGUCUAUGCGAGCAAUCCAGGCUACAUGAUGCAGUCUCCUUCCUACAGAAUGCUGAAGGGAAGGAUGCUGGACUUUCCAUUGUUUCAUUCAAUACCAUCAUAUCGAGGUUCUGUAAAUUGGGUUUUGUAGAUGUUGCAAAGUCAUUUUUUUGUAUGAUGCUCAAGUGUGGACUAGUACCUGAUUCAUACAGUUAUAAUAUUCUUAUUCAUGGGCUAUGUAUAGCAGGUUCCAUGGAAGAAGCCUUGGAGUUCAAAAAUGACAUGGAGAACCAUGGUGUAGAGGCUGAUACUGUAACCUACAGAAUUCUUGCUAAAGGGUUUCGUCUACUUGGUUUCAUGAGUGGGGCUUGGAAGGUCAUUCAAGACAUGUUGCUUAAAGGGGUUAAUCCAGAUCUUACAUAUACAAUACUGAUAUGUGGGCAUUGCCAGAUAGGCAAUAUUGAUGAAGGCCUUAAGUUGCGGGAAGAGAUGCUUUCUCGAGGUUUUCACUUGAGCAUAAUCUCAUACAGUGUAUUGCUCAGCAGUUUGUGUAAAAGUGCACGGGCUGAAGAAGCAUUGAAAUUGUUUUAUGAAAUGGAAGCUGUAGGAUUGAAACCAGAUACUAUAACAUAUUCUAUCCUCAUUCAUGGCCUCUGCAAGAAAGGAGAAGUCCAGAGGGCUAUCCAACUAUUUGAGGAAAUGUGCUCGAGGAGAAUCUUUCCAAAUUAUUUUACACAUGGUUCCAUGUUGUUAGGUCUGUGUAAGACAGGAAAUAUAUUAGAGGCAAGGAAGUAUUUUGAUAAUUUGAUAGCUAGCGACUCAGUGGAGGAUAUAGUUCUGUAUAAUAUUAUGUUGGAUGGGUAUGUCAAACUUGGUAAAAUUGUGGAAGCUGUACAGUUAUACAGACAAUUAACCGAAAAAGAGAUUACCCCUAGUAUUGUUACUUUCAAUACUCUUAUUCAUGGAUUCUGCAAAAACAAUAAAUUAGGUGAGGCUCGAAGUCUCUUGGAUACCAUCAAGCUGCAUCGAUUGGUUCCAAGUGCGGUAACUUAUACCACUCUUAUGAAUGCAUACUGUGAAGUAGGAGAUAUGCAAGGAAUGCUUGAAUUGCUUCGGGAGAUGGAAGCAAAAGCUGUAAUGCCUACUCAUAUCACGUACACUGUAGUUAUUAAAGGACUAUGCAAACAAUGGAAGUUGCGAGAAUCUGUCCAGUUACUUGAGGAUAUGCAUGCUAAGGGUCUGACUCCAGAUCAGAUUACAUAUAAUACUAUCAUCCAAUGUUUCUGCAAAGCUAGUGACACGACCAAAGCUUGCCAGUUACAUAAUGAGAUGCUACUGCAUAACCUGCAGCCUACUCCUGUCACAUAUAAUGUCCUCAUCAAUGGUCUUUGCGUACAUGGUGAUCUGAUGGAUGCUGACAGGCUAGUUCUUUCUCUGGUGAAUCGAAAGAUAAAUUUGACAAAAAUUGCUUAUACCACAAUUGUUAAGGCACAUUGUGUAAAGGGUGACGUAAGUAGGGCAGUAAUAUUCUUUCGUCAAAUGGUGGAGAAGGGGUUUAAAACUUCAAUCAGAGAUUACAGUGCUGUGAUCAAUAGAUUGUGCAAAAGGAGUCUAAUAAACGAAGCCAAACAUUUUUUCUGUAUGAUGUUAUCUGAUGGAAUUUUGCCUGAUCAAGAAAUUUGUGAGGUGAUGCUUAAUGCUUUCCAUCGGGAAGGUGAUCUCGAAUCUGUUUUUGAACUACUUGCUGAGAUGAUCAAAUUUGGGUUAUUUCCUGAUUAAUCCAUGGGAAAUGAUGAUUUGAAUGCAACUCACUAUUAGAAAGAGCCGUUCCAUGGCUGAUAGAGAAGUCAGUACAUGAGGGGAGAAGGAUAAGACGCAAGACUCUUGUGAAGGAAAAGCUCAAAUCUUGCUACAGCAUUUCAAUGUCAGCAACCAGCUUCACGCUUUGGCAUCCUCAUUCUCUGAAUUAGAUCAGGUCUGGCAGCCACUUUCAGUGAGAACCAACUCCGAAUGGUGGAAUGGUGAAGCUUAGUAGCUCUGUAAAUGUGACGUGUAGAUUAGGUAAAAACGUCCAGAAGCUUUGACAGAGAUUUCACCUCAAGCGUCGUGACUCGGUCGGAGGAGGGCCAGCUCCUUAACAAGAGC